AUGAUUGAAGAAUUGAUAAAAAAAACACUCGGAGUUAAAUUUAUGAAUUUAGAAUUUAAUGUAAAGAUGUUUGGAACAUGUGAUAAGUCAUUUCAUACGAGUUCGAGAAUACCUUCAGUAAGACGCCACUUCAUGAGAAGAUCACACUUUUAUAAACUUAUUGAACAUGACGUGUUUGACAUGUUACAAGGAUUAGUACAUGUGUUUAGAGAUUAUUUUUAUAGAAAGAUAUUGGACCAGUGUAAAGAUACAAUGAUCUUGUUUAGAAGUAGUAUAAUACAUUUUUCAACAACAUUUGAUUCAAACUCGUUGGAAUACUAUGAACUUGUAGAUUCAAAUACUGGUGGGAAUGGAGUUGAAGAAAUAAGUAAGAUGAACUUGUUUUCAGCAGCGUGUGACCCCUUGUAUUCAUGGCAACUUCUUUUCUAUGACCCAUUUAAAAAAGAAGAAACAGGAAGAAAUGAACUGGUAAAAGUGUUGUUUACAGAGAUAAUAUACUGUAUGGUGGUUUCAAUGAGUUCAAUUCGAUAUUUGAAGUUAUUAGAGUGUGUAUUUUGGAUUCUUGAUACUUUGCCAAAACAUCCACUGUGUCCAUGUAACCUAAGAUUAGCAUUGACAAACAAGUUUACACUAAGUUUGCUUAAUUUUCUGUUCUUGAAUGGUACAGGAUCACCACCCAAGCUAUCACAAGUUUCUGCAAGGAUUACACAUAAAGUGAUACCAUCCCUGAGUGUUUGGGAAUUGGAACAGUUACUAGAGUUGAUUAUGUAUUUGGGAACCUGUGCAUUCAUGAGAGUUCAUAGUGUCUGCAACUACUAUUCAACCUCAGACCUGGAUAUGUUUACCAAUUUCGAUCAUAAAAGACAUGACCACACUACUAGACUCACAACAGCCAAUAUACUACACUCUUUUUUAACGUCAUUUGUACUAGCAUGUGAAUGGGUAGAUAAUAAUUUUAAAGUGUCAGAUGUUGCAAUUAUACGUAUUUUGGAGUAUUCAGACUUUUAUAACAUGGGUGUAUACUUAUAUUUGGCCCGUAAUAAAAAGCUAAACAAGCAAAUGUUAUCGCACUUUUUAUCACUGACUCCUGAAAUAUACACAUCAAUGCCAUUGAAGGUUGGUAAAUUAGUGAAAGAUUCUGACAAAGUUGGAGAGAUUGGAGAUUUUGGAUCCUUUUCAACAUUUUCAGCCAAAAAUUUUCCUAGUAGGAAGAACAGCACAAUGCUUAAAACUAGUCCAAUUUUAAAUCAGACUGACAGAAACCCACAGGUUCAUUUUAUAAGUUGUUCAGACAGAUAUCAUGGUUUAAUAUUGAAGUUUAAGGUUGAGUUGCCUACAAGGUUUGUGUUUUCUCAAUAUAAAGACUUUUCAAAGGUGCUUGCAGAGUUAAUUGUAUCACCUCCCAAAACACAGGAACUUAAAUUGGGUCAAUUCUAUCCCUUGGAAGAGUAUGUAAAUAAUGUACCACUAAUCAAAUAUAAACUUGAAUUGGAUCCUAAAUAUAUUUAUACUAUUGGAUACACUAUAGAAACUUUUGAUAAUAUAAACAAUUUAUUUGGUGAGAAAAUAUUUGAUGAACAACCAUUUAAUCAACAACAAUUCAAUCAACAACAAUUUGAUGAAAUAUUUAAAAAUGAAAAAAUGGUAUAUAAAUUAAUAAAUGGUACUUGUGUUGAAAUGUAUAUGACGAAUAAUUAUAUUUUUUGGAACAUUGAUUCGAAUACUACUUCUACUUAUUUCAAACAUCAAGUUGACUUGAUUCCCUUUAUAAUUGUUAAUAGUAGACUAGAUGGUGAAGUGGCAAAGUGCAUUAUUAAAUUAGACUCAUUUGUGAUAAUACCAGUUACUAACUGUUAUGUGAAGAAACAUGUGAAUGAGUUUGGACUUUUAAAUCUUGGGAAUGGGUUUGUGGUUAGACCAGCAAUUCGAACAGGUCUUUCAGUUCAUAAGACAAAAGUAUCAUUUUCAGGUGUAACUCAAUUAGACCUUUCCACAUCAGCACUAGUAAAAUUGAAUGAUAAAAUUAAUUUGACUUUGAAUCCAUGUUUGGAGGAGGUCAUGAGGUAUGAUCCAUGUCUACCAUUCAGGUUAUCUUUCAAGUUUGAAAAGGGCUUUAACGUAAAUGUUAGGCCAGAUUUCUACAUUGGACUUGUUUCUGAUCGAGAGAAACUUUUAUGGUUCAGUAAUGGCGAUCUCUACAUCUCAACCAAUUUCCACGUUCCUUCUAAAGAUAAUGAAUAUCGCAAGAUUAAUUGUCUACCUUUUUACGAAACGGAUGUUAUCUCAGUAUCAUUUAACCCUCAAGAGUCCAGUUUGUACUUUACAGUAACGAAUCAAACGGUUAAAUUAGACUUUCAUAGUUAUUAUUACCACAUCACCAGUGUUUAUACUGACAAUAUUAUUGCCUCCACCAAUACCAAUACUAAUACUGAGGAUACUGGUACUAAUACAAGAGCUCUCUCUACUACCAAUACGAAUCCUAUUCCUACCAAUAAAAGUACUCUCUCUACUGAUAAUAGUGAUAGUGGUUCUGAUUAUGGUUAUACAUGUGCAGAUAGAAGAAAUUUGAUAAAUGCAGUAAUAUUUGACGAUUUGGCAAAAAUUAAAAGCUUUUUAGAGUUCCCAUGUGAGUUGUUUGAGAAUGGUUGUGACGACCACUUUGACGUUGACGGACAUGACUACUUUUUGUAUUCACCCAUUUAUAUUGCAUGUAAUUUGGGGAAACUAUCACUUCUGAAGCUUAUGGCGCUAAAUAAGAAUAUUAACUUUGAUGUCAAGUCCGGGCCUUAUAAAUCAACACCGUUAAUGGGUGCAGUUCAAGGCGGUCACUACGACGUGGUUUACCACCUGCUAACCAUUCACUCAAUAGACAUUAACGCAGUUGAUUCUUCUGGACAUAAAUGUCUAUACUACUCACUUUUCAGGUCAAAAGAAAUCAACUUUAAGAUUGUUGAGCUUUUGUUGAACUUUGGCGCUGACGUGCAUUCCGAUGGGACGGGUUCAAUUUCAGAGAAUUUGCACUCAAUUCCAGGCAACAAUAAUUUGCACAAAAAGUUAAUUGAUAACCACAAGCUUCAGAAGGGUGUUUUCUACAAGUCGAACUGGUCACUACUACAGAAUCUUCACAUUUUCAUGUCGAACAAACUGUAUGUCAAGUAUAAUAUUAAGGUGGAUCCGAGUGUUUUGGGUCCAAUUUCCACUUUACCCCAAACUGCCACGCCAGUUACCGCUGGUAUGAGUAGUCCUGAGUUUUUGAGCCCUGACCGACGAAUUGAGAGUCCAGACGACACUGACAUUCUAGAGUUGAUGGGUAACUUUUUGGGUAAGCUGACUGAAGAUGUUAAAGAGGGUAUAAAUACAACGAUGGAUUUACUUACUGAAGGGCUACAACACUUGCAUUCAAGCAAGACUGAUUUUUCCACAAAAAACUCUGGAUUCAGUGCCCUCAACUCUGGAAUUUCACUCAAUAGCAUUAAAAAUAUGACUAGUUUGAAAAAUACAACUAGUAUAAGAAGUUUUAAUAGUAAAACUAGUAUCAACAAUACUUUGGGCACAAUGGGUACAAUCGGUAGUAGCCUGAAUACUAUGAGUAGUAGUAAUAUAAAAGUGGUAUUGAAUAAUAUAAUAAAUGAAGAUACUGUACAAAUGAGUAAUUUAGUAAUGAAGUAUGUAGAAGAGAGUUUGGAGAUUAUAAGAAAGACAUUAUAUAAAAUGAAAACGGGGUUAGAUGAGACAAAUCCAUUGAUGAAGUCUGUUUGGAAUGAGUUAAAUUUAACAUUGAAGGAGUUUAUAAUUUAUCACUUGUGCAAGUUCAUCAAGGCUAUAGAAUCUGAAACUGAUGAACUGUUGAAGAACUUUAUUGCCCUAGCAAAUAGUUUUAUUAAUCAAUUAUCUGAGUGUGAAGGAUUAAGUAUAGUAUCUGAAACUCAGUAUAUAAUUCUAAAAUUUAUAAGAUUUGAAAAUCAACUUGUAUCUUUUGGAAUUGCAAAUAACGAACUAUUGUUUACACAAAGAUUAAGAAGAAAUUCACAAUUAUUAACAAAUUUACAAAUUAUUGAUUCUUACUCUUUUGAUCUAGGCUUUUAUAUUUAUACAUCUUCACACAAUGCUCUAACAGAUGAAAUCAAUAAAUUACCAUCUAACACUAAUAAAUUACAAGUAAAUGAUAAAUUACGAUCUAACACUAAUACACUGCAACUAAAUAAGAAUGGUAUGGAAUAUAGUACAAUGGUUGGAGGAAAUAUGUAUAUGUUUGACAGAUUAAGAAUGGAAUUGAAUAAUGAAAUGACAUUUGAAUUGGAUAGGACAUUGGUAAGUUUAUUGGAUUUGUUAAAAAAUAGUGAAAAUCAAUUGGAGACUUUGGCUAAGAUAUUGAUAUAUUCUAAGAAUCCGGAUGAUAUGUUGGUACAUUUACCACCUUCAGACUCACAACUCUGGUCGCCAAUAAACAUAACGGCAGAUACUAUGUUCAAUAAUGUUCAGGAGUUGAGAGGCAAAAUUUUAAAGCUCAAAAAUACGUUUCCACUCUCAGAUAUGGACCUACACCUCAUGUACACAGUUUUAUGGAAAUUAUUAAACCAAUAUACUAGCUGUGAAUUUGUUGAAGAUCAGAAAAAUAACACAGAAAUGAAAAUUAUAAACCUUCUACAAGGAAUUGGAUUAAUUAAUGAUAUGUUUCAGUUUGGGAAUUAUAAAAUGACACAUUUUGAUAAAAUCACAGGAAUUGAAAGUAAAUCAUUUACUAAUGGUGAAAAUAUUUUAAGAUAUAAUUUUAUGAACUCAUCCUCACAAAAUAAUGAGAUAAAUUUGGAUGGAAUUGGAGAAAAUUUGUAUAUUCGACCAGUUUCUUCCCCACACCUAAUUAAUAGAAGUGAUACUAAUCUUAGUCGAAAUUCAGGUUGUUCACACUUAUAUUUGGACCUUUUCAAUAAUAAUAUCAACCGCUCAGAUUUAACCGUUAAUACUACCGAUGCUAUUGUUAACGGUGAUUUAGAUGAAAAUGUACUCUACGAAUCAAAUAACAUAAAUACACUUGAAAAUAUUAGAUCCAAUGGUUUAAAUACAUUUGAAAAUAUAAAUACAACCAAUAAUUUAAAUACAUUUGAAAAUAAUAGAUCCAAUGAUUUAAAUACAGUAUUAAAUAGAUUGAAUAAUGAGAGUAGUAAAGGUUUGGAAGCCAAUCUUGGUACAAACAGUGGUGGUAAUUGGAAUGGUAGGGAUCUUGGCUCUGAUUACAUAUUUCACAGUUUAUCGCUGAUACUCUUGGCAGACCGCAUACGAUACUUUGAAGUGAUCUCUGAUGUGUUCAGAAAUGUUAUUCCGAUCAUAUCAACAAUACUUAAUCAACCGCUGAUACAAUAUAGACCAAUCAAUUCACUCAUUUCAAAAGGAUUUGAAGAUUAUUAUGGAAUAAAACAAGGUGAAAAUGAAUAUAUAUAUAAGGAUUCAUUUAUCAAUAUACAAAAUGAUAUUGAGGGUAAAAGAAAUGUAUAUGAAGAUUGGAAUAUGAGUUGUUUAAGUAACAAUUCUAUGAAUAAGAGUUUUAGUGUUUGUAUGGGUCCAAUAAUGCCGAUACAUUUCACUGAUUAUUUGAAAAAUAAACCAUUGGUGAAGAGAAAUGUAUUGAACGAGAUGUAUGAGAAGAUAUUUACGCUAGGAAGUUUAAGUGUUGAUAGGCCAUAUUUUUCAGUACGGGUUGACCGAGGAAUUGCACACACGACGAAGUUGUUGAGGAAUUCUCUGUGGUUCCAGAGCACUGCACAGAUUCUGAAUUGUAACCCUAAUAUUUUGCGUGCGAAAAAUAAUCAAAGACCAUUCAUGGUUGUAUUUAAGGGAGAAGGCUCAACGGAUUUUGGAGGACCGUUCCAGGAACUUUUAACAUGUAUCUCUAACGAGUUUAUGUUCCCACUCACACCAGACAAUGAUUCACAGUCCGCAACAAUCAAGUGCCAAAAUACCAUAAACAAUUAUGGUAUGCACCAGGAUACGGUACUUAUCAAGUUCUCACACUAUCCAGUAAAUAAUCUGUUUACCCAAAAUAGUACAUUAAAUGAUGAAAAAGGAUUAAACAAAGAUCAGACUGAGAGGGUCGAUAAAGGGAAUAGUAUAUUUACACUUGGAUGCUGUGAUUUGGGAGUUUGUUGUAGUAGCGGAUGCUGUUGUGUGUUGUCAACUUUCCCAUUUGAUGAGCCUGUAGGUUCAAAGGAUAUUGGGUCUAGUUGCCGUUGCGGAGCCAGUGAGCUUUACUCAGAUUCAUGUACACAAAGCGUGCCAAUGGAACUGAGUAUGUAUGAGAGUCUGGGAAGACUAUGCGCAAUGUGUCUGUGCAUGAUGAACCCACUCAACAUUGCAAUCAAUCCAAUUAUAUGGAAAAAAUUGCUCUGCUCAAACUUAAAGUUGAUUGAUUUACUGGACUGUGAUAAGAUGAGCGUUGACUUGUUGCAGAGAUUUGCAUCUUUGGAGUCCUCUGGAGCAGUCACUGAGGGGGAUGUUAACGGAUUGGUGUUUAGCAUUGAAAGCGCAGAAGGAAAUACUUUGGAUUUGGUGGAAAACGGCUCUAACUUGCCAGUUUCACCCUCAAAUCUGGCCAAAUAUUUAACUUUAGCAACGCUCUUUAGACUCACUGAAGGAGAUCUAGGAUGCUCAUUCCUAGCUAAAGGAAUGAACUCAGUAGUUCCAAUAGGAAGACUUAGAACACUUUUGGACCCAAGAUCACUAGAAUUUGUCGUUUGCGGAGAUUCCCUAGUAGAUUUAGCAGUGCUCAGAGCACACACUGUGUCAUACUCACUUAACCUCAAGAAGGACUUGUUUGACGUCUUGUCAAGAUUCACCAAUGAAAUGUUACAGCUUUUCCUUAGAUUCGUUUCUGGUAGAUCAAGACUACCUCAUCCCAACUCUGAUUGGUGUUUAAGAUUAGAAUAUGAUAAUAAACCCGAUGAAGAUGCCGAUAAGAGAUUACCUACCUCUGCGACAUGUAGUUUUAGGCUUUUGAUGCCCAAAUACUCGAGCCUCGAUAUCAUGUACAAAAGGUUAAUUUACGCUAUUGAAAACUGCAUCGCUAUUGACCUGGAUGCACACGUGGUCCAUGACGAAAUGCAAUUAUCCAUCAAUUAA